AGGGAGCGCAAGUGGGGAAAGAUGUUGGGGCGCGGCGGGGCGGCUCUGGAUGGCUACCGGCGGCGACGCCCUGAGAGGCUGAAGCGUCGAGUACGGAAGGGCAUUCCGGAGUCGUGGCGUGGCCUGGCGUGGCUGGAACUCUCUGGUAGGUCAUGUAGCGGCGGCGGCGGCGGCCCGAAUGCGCGUCACGGCACCUACUGUGCGCCCAGUACCGCGGUGGUGAUGUGCAUCAUGCGGGACCUGAACCGCACCUUCCCCAACCACGUCGCGUUCAUGCGGCGGCAAGGUGUGCUCCAGAAGGCGCUCUUCUCCGUGUUGUGGGCGAGCGCCGCCUACCGCCCUUCGGUGGGUUAUGUGCAGGGCAUGGGUUUCCUGGCUGCCGUACUGCUGUUGUACAUGCCGGACGAGGAUGCGUUCUGGACGCUGCAGGCUUUGAUGCAGGGGUCUCCUUCUUGGCCUGAGCGCUGGGGAAUGGAACAGCUCUACUCAGCGGGCAUGCCGGGGUUGAGAUGCUCCCUGUUUCAGUUCUCCCGGCUUCUACGAGAUGUGGCCCCCCGCCUGGCCGCCCGUAUGGAACGUGAGGGGGUGGAACCUGAGCUGUACGGCACCCAUUGGUUCAACACCGCAUUCGCCUACACACUGCCCUUCCCGCAUCUGCUCCGAGUGUGGGAUGUGUUCGUGGCGGAGGGUCCUAAGACGCUUUUUCGUGUGGGUUUGGCGGUGCUGCAGUACGCGGAGGCGCGGCUGUUGGGUUUGCGAUUCGAGGGGCUGGUGGCUGCGCUGUCUGCGGCCAGGCUGGCUGAGCUGCUGCCCGCCGAGCCGGGGGAUCUCAUUCAGAGGGCACUGCGAAUACCCGUGUCUAGGAGGCUGCGGGAACUUGCCGCGGAGUGGCAGAAG